AUGUCUUCCAUAGCUAUUUUGGUAAUGCAUUCUGGAAAAUGGGAUGAUGCAAACUGUUAUGUUGACUAUGUUAUUGAGGGAGUUGUUUUCAGAGAAAAUGCCUCAUUUACAGAGUUGUAUAAUAUAAUUACAACUCAACUAGCUGUGGAUGUGACUGUGAAGAACAGUGAACAUUGUGAAAGUUCAACUACGGUAGCAUCUGGUAUUUCUGGAUCACUUUGUAUAACUGAUUUUGAGGAAUUUGAAAAACAGAAACUGACAGUUGCAGAGAUAGUAAAUCCCCUCGAUACCUUUCAAAUGGAGAAAUGCAGUGUGGUGAUUACUGAUCCAUCGCAUAAGUAUGUAAAGGUAGAUCAAGUAUACAAUAAUAAAGCUACAUUGAAGUGUGUGAUAGAGCAAUAUGCAAUUGCGGAACGAUUUCAGUUUAAAACAAAGAGGUCAAAUUCAAUCAGGGUGUAUUCACAACGACAAGUAACAAACAAUUUAGUUAGAGGAAUUGUUAAGCCUAAAUUGGUAGAUCAUAAAAGGAAAUACACACCUGCUGACAUAAAAAAAGAUAUGAAGCUGGAUCUUGGUGUUGAUAUAACUUACAUGUUGGCUUGGAGAGCUAAAGAAAGGGCUUUGAUUUCUUUGAGGGGCACGCCAGGAGGAUCCUACAACAAACUACCUGAGUAUUUGUAUAUAUUUGGUAUUACAUAUCCAGGAUCCCAUAUACGCUUGCAGAAAACAGAUGAAGAUAGGUUUAUGUACCUAUUUGUUGCAUUGGAUCCUUUCAUCAAAGGAUUUGACCAUUGUCGACCUGUAGUCGUAGUUGAUGGGAGUCACCUCCGAGGACCUUAUAAUGGAACUUUUGUAGCAGCAAGCACGACUGACGGUGCAGGUAUAUAA